GCCCUGCCUGAGACGGCCUGUGGCUAGGAAGCCUCCUUGUCUUGGACUAAAAGCUGCUGGGCUAGGAAGAGGUAUUUUUUCCGGUUGAGGCUACUUUCGGGAAUUAGGCUGGGACCAGCCCCACUUCCUUUUCCAAGUGCUCUGCUUGCCGAUUCCUGCUUGGCAUGGCCCUGUGGCCAGACCGGGGCGCCUUCAAAGGGGUAUAUGUUUCUGGGUGGCCAAGGAGGCCCCACUGAAUGGGUCUAGGGGAGGGGUGAGAUGGCCUGAAUCUGGGCAUAGCAUCCAGCCUACUUGGAUGAGGGAGGGGUCUGGACGAUCCUAUCCCCAGGAAGGCUUGCUGAAGGGCAGGGAUAUCUCCUACCCUCUCCCAACCAUUCCUCCCUCCUUUCAGGCCUCGGGGAGCCCCAGCCAAUUGCUCUCAGCUCCUCAGCCAGCUGCCUAUCUCCAGCGGCUUAUGGGGCACUGUCUAGCCCAGCUCUGCUAAGAUGAUCCUGGCCUCUCCCUCCACCCCGUCCAGAGGACGGACCCCCAGCGCAGUGGAGAGACUGGAGGCCGACAAAGCGAAGUAUGUCAAGACGCAUCAAGUGAUAGUGCGGCGCCAGGAGCCAGCCCUGCUCGGGGCACUCGGGCCGCUCACUCCGCACCCCUGCAAUGAGCUCGGGCCCCCUGCAUCGCCCAGGACGCCCAGACCCGCCCGCCGGGGCAGCGGCAGGCGGCUGCCAAGGCCUGACUCUCUCAUCUUCUACCGCCAGAAGCGAGAUUGCAAGGUCUCGGUGAACAAAGAGAAUGCCAAGGGCCAGGGGCUGGUAAGACGCCUUUUCCUGGGCGCCCCCCGGGACACCACCUCGAGCAGCCCGGGCCCAACAGAGAGACCCGCGGUUCCUGGGGGUUGGACCGCGCCCCCAGAUGCCCCGGAAGCGACAGGAAAGCGGGCGCUGUGCCCCACGUGCUCGCUGCCCCUGUCGGAGAAGGAGCGGUUCUUCAACUACUGCGGCCUGGAGCGCGCUCUGGUGGAAGUGCUGGGCGCUGAGCGCUUCUCUCCGCAGAGCUGGGGCGCCGACGCCAGCCCCCAAGCCGGAACCUCGCCGCCGCCCGGCUCCGGGGACACCAGCGACUGGACGUCCAGCGACAGCGGCGCAGACGGCCCAAACCGUGAGGGCGCCAGCGGCGCGGAGGCGGUGGGCUCUGCGCGGGACGGGCGCCCCCAGGUGUCCGUGGUGGAGCGCAACGCGCGCGUCAUCCAGUGGCUGUACGGCUGCCAGCGCGCCCGAGGCCCACCGCGCGAGUCGGAGGUGUGA